UUCUUUUGCUGAAAUACGAAGUUAGCAGGGUUUCACACGUAUUCCUAAUUGUAUACUCUAUCAUUACUCACAUUAUGUAUACUGCCUGGGGGUUGGGACGGCAUGUUCCUACCUUCUCCUUUGUUGUUUACUUGCAACAAUAAACUAUCAAUCAAUCAAUGAUCAUUGAUAUUUAGACGUUAUAGUUGACUGUGCAGGAGAUACCACUCGUACGUUAUGUAUACAUAUCUAUCCAUCUAUAUUUAUAAUAUAUAUUUUUAUUUACGAACUUUGCAUUUUAUUUGGGCUCCAAUGGGCACAGCACAAGGAGUUCGGGUCUUCUCCCCAGGUGAAAACCCGAGUUUUCACGUGGAAAAGACCCGGAAUUCCAUGUGCUGUGGCCUUAUUAUUAUUAUUAUUAUCCCUGCCUGGCUUCUCUGUAUAUCUGUCCUAUAUCUAUCUAUAUGUAUCACAAAGUAGCCCUCCUCCUCCUCCUCCUCUUGAUUCUUCCUUCUUUUCAUUUACGAACCUAAUGCUUUUCAUUUGCCUGUAUAAACUAAAAUUAUCCCUUUUUGGCACCCUUCUUCUCCUCCUCCUCCUCUUCUGUGGCCCCUCCAUACGGAAAACACAAGAGAUACUGGUGGGCGGUGGCACGGGUUGGCACGCUCCCUCCUUCCCUCUUUCUGGCAGUCUUUCUGUGGCCCUCAAGAGUGACAGACAGGCGGGAGGACUUCACAGACUCGCUGGUGUGGAGAGCAUGAGGCAGAGACAAGAAAUAUGGAACCCUGCAAUGUAACACCAGACCAAGACUACACCCCUAUUUUCACUGCCUUAUUUGGCCUGUUCAAGGAGAACAAUAAAGAUGAGCUCAAAAGGCAGGUUCAUCAGCACUUUGGCACUGCCCCAGACCCUCACCGGAUGGCCCUGGUAUGCAUCAAGCAGUGCCCAGGACUUUUUGUCUCCAAGAGUAAUUCCUUUGCUGCAAUCAUACUGGUGGAGCUGGACAGGUUCAUUGGUGAGGGCAACAAUAAGGAGAGGUUCAACCACUGCCUCACAGAAGACCUUCAGGUUGAGGCUUUUGAAGUUGCAAUGCACCAGAAAAAUGCAGGUGUUACCAGACUGUUCGUAAGAUGCUUCCAGCUCGUUAAAGUGAAGGAUACUCUCACACCCCUUUUGAGGAACGCAUUAAAAUCUGACAUGAGGAAAGUGUGUCUAAUGGCUACCCUCCUUGGUGUGCAGCCCCAUUUCUCGGCCUCUGAAUUAGUGGUGCCGUUGUUCCUGGCCAACCGCCUGCCUGAUGCUGACGAGUUCUUGGAUUCAAGUCCCUCCCACCAGAAAGAGUUCCUGCUCCUUCUUGAUGGCCUCUUAAAUGAAGAUACUAAUAAAAGUUCAGAUUCUGAGAAGAAAAAAGCUAAAAAUGCAAAAAACAUGAGGGAUCCCAAGGUCAUCUGUGAUACCAUAGGAAAACUUAUAAAGAGAUACUCUCUCAGCUCUGCAAUGUGUCCCAACUUUAAGAAGUGCCGAGCAUUAGGGGGGCUGCGUUUUAUGUUUCAUAAGUACUAUGCAAUAAAAGACAUGCCAAAGUCUGCUUUCUACAGUUUGAUCGACGACACCGUCAAAGAAUAUCCAGACAUCUCUAACAAUUUGCUCAAACUUUUUAACAGGCAUAAUGACCUUGAUGGUGCUGUAUAUUAUGUUGUAAAGCUUAAGGUUCCUGAUGAAAAUAUUCCUUAUGGAGUCAAAGUUCACAUGGAGAUGUACCCUGAGCUGCUAGAGGAGAGCCAGCACCAGGUUGAUAAUGGCCAGCUGCCUCAGGCUGGAGAUGAGGAGGUGGCCCCAGGGUGCUACUCCCUCACUUUGCCAGAUGAAGACAUUAUUCUGGUGGACAGCAUGGAGAUGUUUGAGGAGUGUGCUGGUCUGCUGAGAGCUAGUCCACUUCUGGCUGUGGAUGCCGAGUGGAAGCCUAUUUUUGGCACCGGCCCAGUUGAACAAGCAGCUCUUCUUCAGUUUGCCACGGCCACAAAGGUGUAUCUUAUUGACCUUAUUGUGCUUCAGCCAUUACUUCAGGACCAUCACUGGCGGAGCAUUGGGGAGUUGUUCUCCAACCCUCAGAUCCGCAAGUUAGGGUACGGAAUUAACAGUGACUACAAAGUCUUGAGUGACUUGCACCCAGAAAUGAAGAAGGGUGUUCAAGGUUCUAAAAAGGUCACAGAUUUGGAUGUAAGGAAGGGUGUUCUUCUGGACAGGUACCCAAACAUUUUUUCUUAUGCAGACGAGAAACACAAAGGUUUGAGUGACAUGGUGUACCGGUGCUUUGGCCUCCCGUUGGACAAGCGGGAGGGAUUUUCCAACUGGGCCGCCAGACCUCUCAAUAAAUCCCAGGUUGUGUAUGCUGCAUCAGAUGCGAGGUGUCUCAUUGACAUUUACAAUUACCUGAAUGAGAGAGCCACGAAGCUGGGUAUUCCUGAUUGGAUCUAUGUGGCAAAAAAGGCAAAGUCCGAAGACAAGAAGAAAUUGAAGCCUGCUGCAAAAGGAAAGGAGGUCGAUGAAGUUGUGAAGCAUCAGGUGAACAGGAAUCCAGUCAAUGCAGCAGAAUUUCAAGUUGUAUGUGACACCAUGCUGCAGGGCUUGGCCAAGAAGCUGCGCUCAUGUGGGGUAGAUGCCCGGGCCCUGGAAAAUGGUGAGCCGUGGGACCGCUGCUUCUGGUACUUUGAAAAGGAGAUGAGAGUGAUCCUGACGCGAGGUAGCAAUUACUUCAAGCUGCGGAAGUAUGUCCCCGAAGAAUACAUGUACUGCGUUAAAAGUGAGAAUGCUCAGGACCAGAUGGAAGAGGUCAUACAGUCUUUCAAGGUCAAGGUAACAGUGAAAGAUGUGUUUGCACGGUGCUCCAAGUGUAACUCCAAAUCUUACAUUGUAGUGCCUUCGUCAGUGAUCAGUGCCAUGCAGAGUGGCGUGACGAGCAUUGACAAGGCUCGGGGGGCCUGGGUGGAGUGUGAGGGUGGCACUGUCAACGUGAUGAGUGGCUUCACUGCCAAUAGGGUGCGGGUGCAGUUUGAGAUGGUCCCCAAGCCAGUGGUGGAGGGUAAUGACACCUUUUACAUCUGUUCUGUGUGUGGCUGGUGCUACUGGGAGGGAUCACACCACAGCAAGGUUCUCGCCGGCCGGCUAAAGAAUGUUGUUAUUGAUGAUGGUGGUGAUGGCCCCGAGGGGAGUGUGGGGACAGACGCCACCUGAUUGAUGUUUUAAAUGCCCAGGAGGAAGCAGUGCAGCAGCCAUCACAAAUGUCGGCGCUGUGGCUGAGAGUGACUUGUUGUGCACAGUCGGAGCAACAAACAAAUUCACCAAAGUAUUUUUAUAGAUAGUGCGCCAAGUGAUAGUCCUUGAGAGUACAUUUUAUUUGUGUGCCUUAGUAAUUUUUUUCCUUUAUGUACUUAAGCAGAUUUCCCUCCUUCUCAUAUAUUUGAUAAGAUUUCUGUGUUGUCAGAUCUGCAGAUUUGUUAAAGCUUUAAACUAAACUUCUAGUGAUUUCUGUUGGCAUGACAAGUCCAUGGCAUUAUGAUGUCAUUUGCUUUGUAGACACGAUCUUGAGUUGAAGGUCUUAUCAUGAUAUGUGAUCCAGUGUAUUCAGACAAAAUGAAUGAAGAUGAAACCUUUCCAUUAACAGACCUUCUUGUCAAAGAUAGCAAUGGACAAAUUUUCAGUUUUUCCUGUUAGCCAGAAAUAUAUGCAAAAAGACUUGCAGAUGGUUAUUGUAGAAGUAGAUCCAUUUUUUAAAAGUUUUAAAAAUAUCGUCCCAAAAGUGAUGGACGGAUGGCAGCUGAUCAUCAGCAUCAUAAUUUGCUGUAGUGAGUGACAAAGUAUUGCCUUCCUCCUCUUCUCCAGCGAAGUGCUGUGGUUGGAAAAAAAAAAGACAAGCUUGGUGAUACAUCAUACACUACUGAUGUUAUGUAAAAGGAAGAGUAGACAGCAACUCCCUGCCAUUGACUAUGUGGCUGUAGGGAGCUGCUGCAUCAGGCUUUACUCAUUCAAUAUUCCAUCAGCUGUCUUGGCCAUGACGGCUGUUCCUAAGAUGAAGGGUAACAAAUCAUGAAAUGUGAUUGGUAAUCAAUAACUUUUAGUGCAAUACCCCAGAUAGAUCUGCUUCCCAAGUUUUCCUCACAGACCAGUCUAUAAGGAAUUCUCCCAUACUUUGAUACUCUUAAAAGUGAUAACAUUUCAGAUAUCUAUAUAUCUUGUUUUCCCAUACCAAAAUAGCACCAUUUUUUUUCUCAUAUAAAUUGCCAAUAUGAAAAACAUUAAUUUUAGUUUGCUAUUUCUCAAACCCUAUUUAAUUUGAUUGCAUCAAUUGCAUUCAAUCAUAAUUUCCAGAUACAAUUUGCUAAUAUGAAAAACAUUAUAAUUACUCAUAAUUUUUUGUAUCGGUUACAGAAGUGUUCUGCCACAUUUCCGAAUCAAAUUCACUUCAUAUUCCUUUUGUUGUAAAAAAAAAAAGUGGUUUUGGAAAAUAUACCAGACUGCACCAGAUUCACUUUCAGUUGUUGCAGAACAUCUUACUGAAAUCAGUGAUAUAACAAAAUUUUGGACCUGCAUACUGCAAGUUUUACUACUAGUCAUGUUUUGAACACAUACCAGAUACACCAGCCCAUUUUACAGACCAUUAUGUGAGGGAUGCUGGUAAUGUAUGAGGGUCCAAAUUCUAAAUUCUUAUAAAAAUUGGAAUACUCAUACAGGUGUAGGCCCAGGGUGAUGGUGCCUGGACUAUGCAUGUGUAGGUUGGCCUGAAAUGUUUGUUGUCCCUCUUUUUACUCCAGGAAAUGAGGUUUGAAAUGGUUAUGGUGAAAUUACAGUUUUGUAAAGUAUACCACUAUGAUAGCAUACUAUGUUUUGUACCAGUUUACAAUAUUAUACUUUUGUUGAGUACUAAGUGUAUGCACUUACCAGAUUUGAGGUGGCUGGACCUGUCAUGCUGGAAGGCAUGAAAGGUUAAUCACCAGCCAGCCAGUCCACAGGAGUGUCCCACCUGUCUUCAUGUCCCUAAGCUUGGACCCACCAUGCUGUGAUUUACACAAAACCAGAUACACUUAGGGCUGUGCCACAAACAAUGGGAUAACCAAAUUACCACUGCCUAUGUAAACAAAAGAAUAAUUCAAAACUGGGAAUCACAAUGGAGUGAUAUAUUUAGAAGACAUGUAGAAAUUAGAGAAAUUCCCAUGUACUGUGAUUUUGGUUUCUUAAAAAAAGAAGCCAUAUUUUUUUUACAUAAGGAAAUGCAAAUGUACAUAUUUUGUGUAGUUUUUAGUGAAUAGAUUUUUGUGUGCAUAUGCUAUCUUUGUUUUCUUAAAAAGAAACAAAAUAACAAUUUUUUGCACAUGCUUUUUGUCUGUUUCAGCAGUGGCGUAUGUGUAGAUUGAUGCUAUCUAGGCAUCAAGACACCUCUAUUAAAAUAUAGUUUGUUAGAACCAAUUUACUCCACAUAUUGCAUCCCAUGUCUAAGACUCAAUAUUUUCAAAAUAUGUAAGGAUUUCAUUGAAGAAAUAUUUAACUAUUCACGGAAAUAUGAGUUUGUUUUCUUUAUCACGCGCACAGAUCCAUCACUUGAGCUGCAAGGCGUUUGGGGGACGGUGCUGACUGGCAUGCACAAAUUCAGCAAGCGAUCAGUGCAUUGUGUAUUCAUAUAAUCACUUAUUAAUAUAUUCACAUGGUGUAUUCAUAUAUUCACUUUUUAUAUCUAACCAGUUUAGUGUUAGGGGUAAUGGGAAGAUGAAGAUUUAUAUUAAGAUAAUUAGUUAUGAUAAGGAUAAGGUGGUGGUGUCAAGCUUUGAUGGAACUAAACAGUGGAAGGUGACAUGAAGGUUUCAGUGUUGCCAGAGCAGCUCAGGCAACUGAACUUUGUUAAAGCAGCUUAAAUGAUUUUGUUAACACCUUGACAACAAUACUCUACACCACUGUAUUGUAAGAUCAACAGCACACCAGACCAUUCACACUGCACCCCUGCACUGAUGGCCUACUAGUCACAAUGCCCCAGAGUGUGACUGCCGCCUGAUUUUUUAAACGUCAUAUUAGUAUUUAGAAACAAUAAUGUGGCUGCUUUGUUUGUUUUGACCUGUUUUUCAAGGCACGGUUAGUUGGUUCUGGUAACGAAUCAGCCACAUCAGUGUUCAUAAAGACUAAUGAGAAGUUUUAAAAGUCAGGCAUAUGUAUUUGGUGAAGCAAGUAUUUAUGAACAGUAAAACCCUGCAGGAUAA